UAUAUGCUCCUCUCCUUUCGCAUUUCCGUCGGCAUAUAGUUGAUGAAUGAUGCAUGAUGAUCAUAUGCUAUAAUUAAAUCGUUCCUACUUUUAAUCAAUUGAUGUUUAAUUAUAAAAAUCUAGGGUUUUUCAAUUUUGACAUCUUCCUCAUGAUAUUCAAUAUCACCUAUCGUCGUCAUCUUUCUGCUUUUGUUUUCACAUCGGCAGACAUUCAUUUUUUUCCACAUUAUUAAUUACAAUUAUGUCUACAAGUAUCAAUUAUGCGGUGGGUACCUUUGUUUGGGUGGAGGAUAAUGAGGAAGCUUGGCUGGAUGGAGAAGUAUCGGAAGUUAAUGGACAACAGCUUAAAGUAAAAUGUAGUGCAGGCAACACUGUGGUUGUUAAUGCAUCCAGUGUUCAUCCGAAGGAUCCUGAAGCUCCUGUUUCUGGUGUAGAUGAUAUGACUAGACUAACCUAUUUACAUGAACCAGGGGUUCUUGAUAAUCUAAAACGUCGCUACGAUAUUAAUGAAAUAUAUACAUAUACAGGAAAUAUACUGAUAGCAGUGAACCCUUUCCAAAGGCUACCUCACUUGUAUGAUGGUGAUAUGAAGCAAAAAUAUAAAGGGGCAGCUUUAGGUGAUUUAAACCCACAUCCCUUUGCAAUUGCAGAUUCUGCAUACAGAUUGAUGGUGAACGAAGGAAUAAGUCAGGCAAUUUUGGUUAGUGGGGAGAGUGGGGCUGGAAAAACUGAAAGCACUAAAAGUCUUAUGCAAUAUCUUGCUUAUAUCGGAGGAAGAUCUGGUACUGAGGGACGUAGUGUGGAGCAGAAAGUACUAGAGUCAAACCCUGUUCUGGAAGCAUUUGGUAAUGCUAAGACUGUGAGAAACAAUAAUUCAAGUCGAUUUGGCAAGUUUGUGGAGCUACAGUUUGAUGGAAGGGGGAGGAUUUCAGGGGCUGCUAUUAGAACUUAUCUACUAGAAAGAUCUCGUGUCUGUCAGGUGUCUGAUCCUGAGAGAAACUAUCACUGCUUUUACAUGCUUUGUUCUGCGCCAAAAGAGGAUGUGAAGAAGUUUAAGUUGGACAGUCCAAGAAAUUUUCACUAUCUCAAUCAGUCAAAUUGCUAUGAGGUUGAUGUCAUUGAUGAUGCCAAAGAGUACUUAGAUACUAGAAGAGCAAUGGAUAUUGUCGGAAUUGGUUCUCAUGAGCAGGAUGCGAUAUUCAGAGUUGUUGCUGCAAUUCUUCAUCUAGGUAAUAUUGAAUUUACAAAAGGGAGUGAACCAGAUUCAUCUGAACCCAAACAAGAAAAAGCUAGGUUUCAUUUGAAAACAGCUGCUGAACUUUUCAUGUGUGAUGACAAAGCCCUUGAAGAUUCCCUUUGCAAACGUGUCAUUGUCACUCGUGGGGAGUCAAUUACUAAAAAUCUGGAUCCAGAGGCUGCUACCGUGAAUAGAGAUGCCUUGGCCAAGAUUGUUUACUCAAGAUUGUUUGAUUGGCUUGUGAACAAGAUAAAUAGUUCAAUUGGUCAGGACACUGAUUCAAAAUUUCUGAUUGGGGUUUUGGACAUUUACGGUUUUGAGACAUUCAAGAUAAACAGCUUUGAGCAGUUCUGUAUUAAUUUAACAAAUGAGAAGCUACAGCAACAUUUUAAUCAGCAUGUUUUUAAGAUGGAGCAAGAAGAAUAUACUCGAGAAGAAAUUGAUUGGAGCUACAUAGAAUUUGUUGACAACCAGGAUGUUCUUGAUCUUAUUGAGAAGAAACCUGGUGGCAUCAUUGCUCUCCUGGACGAAGCAUGUAUGUUUCCUAGAGCAACACAUGAGACAUUUGCUACAAAGCUGUACCAGACAUUCACUAAUCACAAACGCUUCAGCAAACCAAAGCUUUCACGCACUGAUUUCACUAUUUCACAUUACGCUGGGGAGGUGACCUAUUCAACUGACCUUUUCUUGGAUAAAAACAAAGAUUAUGUUGUUCCUGAGCAUCAAGAACUUCUAAGUGCUUCGAAGUGUACUUUUGUGGCAAACUUGUUUCCACCUUUACCCGAGGACUCUACCAAAUCUUCGAAGUUUUCGUCUAUAGGUACCGGCUUCAAGCACCAAUUGCAAUCAUUGCUAGAGACACUGAGCGCAACAGAGCCACAUUAUAUUCGUUGCGUAAAGCCUAAUAAUCUUCUUAAGCCUUCAAUAUUUGAAAAUAAAAAUGUUCUGCAGCAACUUCGUUGUGGGGGGGUCAUGGAAGCUAUAAGGAUCAGCUGUGCUGGCUUUCCCACACGAAAGCCGUUCCAUGAAUUUAUAGAUCGUUGUCGUAUUCUUGCUCCAGAAGUUUCGAAAGGCAGUUGUGAUGAAAUCACUGCAUGUAAAAAGAUUAUAGAGAAAGUGCAGCUUGAAGGUUAUCAGAUCGGUAAAACUAAAGUGUUUCUCAGAGCAGGCCAGAUGGCUGAAAUAGAUGCACGCAGGAAUGAGGUUUUAGGUCGAUCUGCUACCGUAAUUCAGAAGCAAAUUCGGACUUUUUUCUUCCACAGAUGGUUUAAACAGAUGCGGCUGUCUGCUAUACAGAUUCAAGCAUUGUGUAGAGGACAAAUUGCUCGGAGUGUCUUUGAGCACAAGAAGAGAGAAGCAGCAAGCCUGAGAAUCCAACAGGAGCUGCGCCGUCAUCUUGCCAGGAAAUGUUACAUAGAAUUAUUGUCUUCUGCUGUAAACAUUGAGAGAGGUAUGCGUGGCAUGGCUGCUCGUUGUGAACUUCGUUUUCGAAAGCAGACAAGGGCUGCAAUUAUAAUUCAGAGUCAAUGCAGAAAGCACUCAACCCAACACUGUUAUAAACGGAUGAGGAAAGCAGCUAUCGUUACACAAUGUGGAUGGCGAGUUAAAAUGGCAAAAAGAGAAUUACGGAAGCUGAAAAUGGCUUCAAAGGAGGCAGGUAAGCUGAAAGAAGCUAAGGAUAAUUUAGAAAAGGAAGUUAAAGAAUUAACUCGCCGUCUUCAGCUAGAGAAACAAAUGAGGGAUGAGCUUGAGGAAUUGAAGAAAAAAGAAAAUGAAAGUCUACAACUGGCUUUACAAGAGAUGGAGAAGCAGUUUCAAGCGACGAAGACAUUACUUAUGAAAGAACGUGGAGAGUCUGUGAAGAAAGCACCUGAGUAUGUCUCAAAUGUACAAGAAGUAACUAUUCUUGAUGAUCAACUGAUGGCCAAAAUAACUGUUGAAAAUGAACAGCUUAAGGGAAUUGUUGGUUCAUUGGAACAGAAAAUUAAUGAAAUGCACAAGCUAAGUGAAGGACGGUUGAAGCAAGCACAAGAAGCAGAGUCUAUGGUGAUUGAACUCAAGACUGCAAAGCAAAGGCUGGAAGAGAAGAUAGCUUACAUGGAAACUGAAUGCAAGAGCAAAAUGUCAGAUUAUCCGUCUUUCGGGAAUGUACAUAUGAAUGAAGCCAAUAAGGAUGUGACGAGUGGAACACCAAGAAAGCCUUUUGGUACAGAUUCUUUGAGGAAAUCACAAAUGGAGAGACAGCGUGAGCUUUCAGAUUUUCUAAUCAAAUGCGUAUCUGGAGAUGUUGGAUUUAGUCAAGGAAAACCAGUUGCAGCCUUUACUAUGUACAAGUGCCUUCUUCACUGGAAAUCAUUUGAAGAGGAAAGGACAAAUGUCUUUGACCGACUUACCGAGUUGAUUAGUUCAGCAUUCCAGAACUCGAAUAAUAACAGUCAUUUGGCUUAUUGGCUGUCCAAUACAUCCACAUUGUUGUUCUUGUUGCGAAGAAGCUUUAAGGCAAACAAAGAUUGGAAACCCCCUCAACCACCCACAUUUUUUGGGAGAAUGGCCCAAGGAUUUCGCUCCUCCCCUUCUUCUGCAACCCUUCAAAUUGAUAUAGUUCGUCCUGUUGAGGCCAAGCAACCAGCUUUGCUUUUUAAGCAGCAGCUUACUGCUUAUGUUGAGAUGAUAUUUGGAAUUAUUAAGGAUAAUUUCAAGGAAGAGCUGUCACCUCUGCUUUCCUCUUGUAUUCAGGCUCCAAAGACAUCAGAAGAAGUUGACAGCACUCAAGAUACCCGUUGGCAGGGCAUCAUGGAUCGCCUUAAUUCAUUUCUUAAUACAUUGAAGGAGAAUCAUGUACCAAAAAUUCUUGUACAAGAGAUCUUCAUACAACUUUUUUCAUAUAUCAAUGUGCAACUUUUUAAUAGUAUACUCCUGCACCGAGAGUGCUGCACGUUUAGAAGUGGAGAGUAUGUCAAGGCUGGGUUAGACAUCUUGGAAACGUGGUGCGGAGAAGCUACAGAAGAGUUUGCAGGCACAUCAUGGGAUGAACUUAAGAUCACCAGGCAAGUUGUUGGUUUCCUGGUUAUUAAUCAAAAGUGUAGAAUUACUUAUGAAGAUCUUACGAGUGAUCUCUGUCCUUUUUUGAGUGUUCAGCAGCUUUAUCGAAUAUGUACAACAUACUCCGAUGAAGAUUACAACACAAGUACUGUUUCUGAAGAAGUUAUUUCACGUAUGAAGGCAUUAAUGCCUGGAGAAAGUGACGGUGAAAUUGACAGUGAUACAGCUAACAAGGCAAUUAUACUAGAAGACACUUCAAGCAUACCCGUUUCUGUCGAAGACCUCUCUAUAUCCCCAGACGAGAGAGAUUUCGCUGGUGUAAAGCCGACACCUCAGUUACUUGAGAAUCCAGAUUUCCAGUUUCUACAAGAUUGAGGCUCAAAUGACAUACUUUAUAUUAAGGCCGCUUCCACAACUAGUCUCAAACUAACCCGGUGCACAUUCAUCCCAGAUACGAAAAGGUUAUUCGUGAUCCAUUUUCACUCUUUUACUGCAACAUCCAUCGCCCCAAAUGUAAAUUAUGAUUCAUUUACUCGAUGAUAUGGCUUUGUAAAGUUCUCGUAGGCCUUCCUCAUAACCAAUGGCGAAUAGAUAUUUCUUAUGUCGUAUCUCUUCCCUCGAGGUUUUGAGUUUUUUCAUUCUUUAACUAGGAUUGUGAGAAUAGAAGCAUAUACUUAGCUUGAUGUAGCACUAUAAGGGAAGUUGUAAUAAUGAUCUUCCCCUAUUCUUUGAUAUGGUAAAGAUCACAUAAUCACAUAGAGAGAGGCAUAGGGUAUUCUUUUUGAUGACAAAUGAUUUGUUUCUACAUUUGUAUUACAAAGUUUACAUCCAACAAGAAAUGG